UCAUAUCAUUGUCUUUCACUUUUGUGUGCAGGAUUUGGUUGGGCAAUUCUUGCAUGCUUCGUGUGGCAUUAACUAGGGUCACUGGAUGACAACCUUCAGUUGGCAGCUGAUUGGUCUGGAGGAUAUGAGAUGGCUUCAUUCACAUACCUGUUAUUUCAGACAGGCUGGGCCCUUAUGGGACUUCUUUCCAUGCUGUCUCACUAGCAAGACCGUUGGUGGUGGUACAGUGCAAGAAAGGGUACCAGAGCUGGAUGGCGGUGGAUCCACAGAGCAGGAGAAGAACCAUUCUAACAGUAGCACCUUGUCUGACCGAAGACUCAGCAACUCCAGCCUUUGUAGCAUUGAAGAAGAACACCGAACAGUGUAUGAGAUGGUGCAACGGAUUCUUUUGUCAACACGAGGUUAUGUCAAUUUUGUGAAUGAAAUAUUUCGACAGGCAUUCUUGUUGCCUUCCUGUGAGAUUGCUGUAACAAGAAAAGUAGUUCAAGUGUACAGAAAGUGGAUCCUCCAAGACAAACCUGUGUUCAUGGAGGAACCAGAUAAAAAAGAUACUGCCCAAGAAGAUGCUGAAAAAUUGGGAUUUUCAGAAACUGAUAACAAGGAGGCCUCAUCUGAAAGAUCAGGUCAUAAGCGAUCUUCUAGUUGGGGACGCACAUACUCCUUCACAAGUGCCAUGAACAGAGGGUGUGUGACAGAGGAGGACAAUGCAAAUGUGAAAGCCGGGGUCCAGGCUAUGCUACAGGUCUUUCUAACAAAUGCUGCAAAUGUCUUUUUGCUGGAACCAUGUGCUGAAGUUCCCAUGCUCUUGAAGGAACAAGUUGAUGCCUGUAAAGCUGUUUUGAUUAUUUUUAGGCGCAUGAUAAUGGAGCUUACAAUGAAUAAAAAAACAUGGUAAGUUUAUUUCAAAUUAAUUAACAUUGUAAAACAUGUUU